GGUUAUGAAGAUUGGCUUCGACAUAAAGCUGACAAUGCAAUGAACCAAUACCCUGUUCAUUUCAUUCAACAUGGUAAACUGGUUAGAAAGCAAAGCCGAAAAUUAAGAGUUGGAGAUAUUGUAAUGGUAAAAGAAGAUGAAACAUUCCCAUGUGACUUAAUAUUUCUAUCAAGUAGUAGAGAAGAUGGAACAUGUUUUGUUACAACAGCUAGUCUGGAUGGUGAAUCCAGCCAUAAAACUCACUAUGCUGUUCAAGAUACAAAGGCAUUUCACAAUGAACAAGAAAUCGAUGCACUACAUGCUACCAUUGAAUGUGAACAACCUCAGCCUGACCUUUAUAAAUUUGUUGGUCGAAUAAAUGUUUACCAUGAUAGGAAUGAGCCUACUGCAAGGCCAUUAGGAUCCGAAAAUCUGCUUCUUAGAGGAGCCACUUUAAAGAAUACAGAAAAAAUCUUUGGUGUUGCUAUCUACACUGGCAUGGAAACUAAGAUGGCAUUAAAUUACCAGGCAAAAUCACAGAAACGAUCUGCUGUAGAAAAAUCAAUGAAUGUAUUCCUUAUUGUAUACCUCUGUAUCCUCAUCAGUAAAGCACUGAUAAAUACUGUCCUGAAGUAUGUCUGGCAGAGUGAACCAUUUCGUGAUGAGCCAUGGUAUAAUCAAAAAACAGAGCCAGAAAGGAAAAGAAAUUUGUUUCUUCGAGCUUUUACAGAUUUCCUUGCAUUCAUGGUUCUUUUCAACUACAUUAUUCCUGUAUCUAUGUAUGUCACUGUGGAAAUGCAGAAAUUUCUUGGUUCUUACUUCCUUACAUGGGACGAGGAAAUGUUUGAUGAGGACACAGGUGAAGGACCACUGGUGAAUACUUCUGACCUCAAUGAAGAGUUGGGACAGAUUGAGUAUGUCUUCACAGAUAAAACAGGAACAUUAACUGAGAACAACAUGGAAUUUGUUGAAUGUUGCAUUGAAGGGCACGUUUAUGUGCCACAUGUUAUCUGCAAUGGCCAGAUUCUCCACGAUUGUACAGGCAUUGAUAUGAUUGAUUCUUCUCCAGGAGGAAGUGGAAAGGAGAGAGAGGAACUGUUUUUCCGAGCUCUUUGUCUCUGCCACACUGUUCAGGUGAAAGAUGAUGACAGUGUAGAUGGAUUGAAGAAAAGCCAGCUCUCAAGAAGAUCUUGCAUAUAUAUAUCGUCAUCACCAGAUGAAGUUGCUCUCGUUGAGGGAAUACAGAGACUUGGUUACACCUAUCUAAGGCUGAAGGACAAUUUUAUGGAGAUUGUAAAUCGGGAAAAUAACAUAGAGAAGUUUGAAUUAUUAGAGGUUUUGAGUUUUGAUUCUGUGAGACGGCGGAUGAGUGUCAUUGUUAGAUCUUCAACAGGUCAUAUAUUUCUGUUUUGUAAGGGAGCAGAUUCUUCCAUAUUUCCUAGAGUUAAAGAAGGCAAAAUUGACCAAAUACGAUCCAGAGUUGAACGCAAUGCAGUGGAGGGACUGCGAACACUGUGUGUUGCAUAUAAAGAGCUCACAGCAGAGGAAUAUAGCAAAGUACAGAAGCUGCUUCAGAAUGCAAAGUUGGCCCUCCAGGACCGAGAAAAGAAAUUGGCAGAAGUGUAUGAGAAGAUAGAAAGAGAUUUUAUUUUACUUGGUGCCACAGCUGUUGAAGAUCGACUACAGGAAAAAGCUGCUGAUACUAUUGAAGCACUUCAGAAAGCUGGAAUUAAAGUUUGGGUUCUGACAGGAGACAAAAUGGAGACUGCUGCAGCUACUUGCUAUGCUUGCAAACUCUUCCGGAGAAAUACACAAAUACUUGAGCUAACCACAAAGAAAAUUGAGGAACAGAGUUUACACGAUGUGCUUUUUGACCUAAGCAAAACUGUUCUAAGACACAGUGGCAGCUUAACCAGGGAUACUUUCUCAGGACUUUCAACUGAUAUGCAAGAUUAUGGUUUAAUUAUUGAUGGAGCAGCAUUAUCAUUAAUAAUGAAACCAAGACAAGAUGGGAGCUCUGGUAACUACAGAGAGCUCUUUCUUGAGAUUUGCAGGAACUGCAGUGCAGUGUUAUGCUGUCGAAUGGCACCUCUGCAAAAAGCACAGAUUGUGAAAUUGAUUAAGUUAUCAAAGGAGCAUCCUAUCACAUUAGCAAUUGGUGAUGGAGCAAAUGACGUCAGUAUGAUUCUAGAAGCACAUGUUGGCAUAGGAAUCAUUGGCAAAGAAGGUCGUCAAGCAGCAAGAAACAGUGACUAUGCAAUACCUAAAUUUAAACAUUUGAAAAAAAUGUUGCUUGUUCAUGGGCAUUUUUAUUAUGUUAGGAUAUCUGAACUUGUGCAAUACUUCUUUUAUAAGAAUGUCUGCUUCAUUUUUCCUCAGUUUUUAUAUCAGUUCUUCUGUGGGUUUUCACAACAGACUUUAUACGAUACUGCGUAUCUAACACUGUACAAUAUCAGCUUCACUUCCCUUCCUAUCCUCUUUUACGGUCUAAUGGAACAGCAUGUCAGUGCAGACACACUCAAGAGAGAGCCUUCCCUAUACAGAGAUGUUGCCAAGAAUGCUUUGCUGCGCUGGCGUGCAUUUAUUUAUUGGACAUUCCUAGGAGUGUUUGAUGCUGUGGUAUUUUUCUUUGGUGCCUAUUUAUUGUAUGACAACACAGUUGUGACCAGCAAUGGACAGCUAAUGACAACCAGCACUCACAUGAUGUUUGGAAACUGGACCUUUGGGACACUGGUGUUCACUGUGCUUGUAUUCACGGUUACAUUGAAGCUUGCACUAGAUACACACUAUUGGACGUGGAUAAAUCACUUCAUGAUCUGGGGAUCACUGGUAUUCUACGUUGUCUUUUCUCUGCUCUGGGGAGGAAUUAUUUGGCCUUUUCUCAAUUAUCAGAGGAUGUAUUACGUGUUCAUGCAAAUGCUGUCUAGUGGUCCUGCGUGGCUGGGUAUAAUUCUGCUCAUAACUGUCAGCCUUCUUCCAGAUGUUCUCAAGAAGGUCUUUUACAGACAGUUGUGGCCUACAGCAACAGAAAGAAUCCAGGAUGCAUCGAGGCACUGUCAGGAGCACGUCUCGGAAUUCACACCUCUUGCCUGUCUGAAAAGCCCAAGAUACAGGAGCAGUGACUGCAGCAGUUCCCCAGCAAGAAGGUCUAAUUCUCAUUCUAAAAAAAUGAUGUUUACGCACUGGAGAGGCAUUGAUUAUUCAGUACUUCCAUCUGUCUUUGGCUAUUCAAAUAGGCAUUGCCGUCCCAGUGCAGGCUACCACUACAGUGGGUCAGGUUUGGAAACGUCUGUAUGACAGAACACCAAGUCAAGCCUUUAAAAACUAUUUAUUUCUUUUUUCAGGAAACAAAUAUGUCACAGAAAUACAUUAAACUAUACGUGGCUUUUGCUGUCUGAGGUAGUGUUCAGACAAGCAGGAUCAAGAGCUAGAAGUAUGAACCCUUCCAGGCCAAUAGGCCCCUUUUUAUGUUUUGAACUACUGGAGCAAUGAACAAUCUGCACAGUCUGGUACUGUGAGACUGGUAGCACUAAAA